AUAUUCGUCGCUUAGGGGAGCGCCACGUAAGAGAGAGGGCUAGGGGCACUGGCGAUUCAUUCGCUAGCGAGAGGAGCUUGUAUUUUAGGGUUCUUCGGCCGCGAUGGCGUGCACGGAGCCGGGGGGAUCGUCCUGGCACGGGGGGUGGAGUGCCGGCAGCAGCCCAGGUAAGUGCGACGACGGCAUCGAUGAAUCGCCGCAUUUUCUCCACAAGAUUGGCGAGGAUCAGGACAAGAGCCCAGCUGAGACCCUGUCCGGGAAGAGGAGGAGAAGCCGAUGGGAGCCUAACGAGGCCGCGGCUCCGGGCGAGCAGCAGGAGGGCAGAGGAGGGACGCCGGCCCCCAAGAAGAGGAAAUCCCGCUGGGCUGCCGAGGAGAGCUCGUCCAAGACGCUCUUUCCCAACGUGAAUUUGCCCAAUUUCAUGACGGGCAUCGAGCUGGAUCCCGAAAUGCAGCUUCUCAACAUCAAGCUGCUGGAGCUGAGCAAGCGCCUCCAGAUCGGGCAGCUGUUCGAGGAGAGGUCCGAGGGGCCGAGGUCGCCCAGCCCGGAGCCCAUCUACGACAACAUGGGCAUCAGGAUCAACACGCGGGAGUUUCGUGCCCGGGAGAAGCUGACCAAGGAAAGGCACGAACUGAUUGCACAGAUGAUCAAGAGGAACCCCCAGUUCAAGCCGCCGCCGGACUACAAGCCUCCAAAGCUCCAGAAGAAGCUCUUCAUCCCGGCGAAGGACUACCCUGGCUACAACUUCAUCGGGCUCAUCAUUGGUCCCCGGGGAAACACGCAGAAGAGAAUGGAGAAGGAGACCGGCGCCAAGAUCGUCAUCCGAGGCAAGGGCUCGGUCAAGGAAGGGCGGACGCAGCAGAAGCGCGACGUGAAGCCGGAUCCCAGCGAGAAUGAAGACUUGCACGUACUCGUGGAGGCGGACAGCCAGGAAGCUCUGGAGGCCGCGGCGGGGAUGGUGGAGAAGCUGCUCCAGCCGGUGGAGGAAGGCAUGAACGAGCACAAGCGCGCGCAGUUGAGGGAGCUUGCGGCGCUCAACGGGACCAUCCGGGACGACGAGAGCUGCCGGAACUGCGGACAGCUCGGGCACCGGCAGUAUUGCUGCCCGGAGAAGAAUACCACUUUCAAGGCCGGGGUGGUGUGCGCGAAGUGUGGCGAUGGCGGCCACCCGACGAGCGACUGCCGGCAGCAAGGCGGCGCUUCGAACAAGAUGGACGGGGAGUACCAGAAGUUCUUGGUGGAAGUGAACGCGGAUGGAAUGGGGGGAGAGUCGUCAUCGUCCUCGGUGGGCCGGCACUCCGGGGGCUCGACGCUGCUGCUCGGUGGAGGGUCAAACGGGGCGAGUGAAGGUGGUGGAACAGGUGGUAGCGGCGCCGCCACCACCAGCAGGGCCGCCAAGGAAUCCGACGACACCAACUUGUACGUGGGCUACUUGCCGCCAAACUACGACGACGAGUCCCUGCGGAGCCUCUUCUGCCCGUUCGGCCAGAUCGAGGAGGUGAAAGUGAUCCGGGACAGGAACACCGGCGCGAGCAAAGGCUAUGGCUUCGUCAAGUUCUGCGACGCUGCGUGUGCCGUCCAGGCCGUGCACCACAUGAACGGCUGGAAGGUGGAGGACAAAACUCUGGCGGUGAGAGUCGCGGGGAGGCCCCCGGUGGCGGCGGCGCCCAUGGCGGCGGGGUAUGGAACUGACGCAGCCGGGUUUCCAAUCUAUCCGCCGCUCCAACACCACCAACACCAACACCAGCAAGUUAGUCCGGGAUGGGGAGCCCCGCCGCCACCUCCUCCCAUUUUCACUCCAUACGCCGCCGCUCCUCAGCCGGCGUUCCCCCCGCUAGCCCCGCCUGGGACCGCGGCUCCUCCGCCAGUCUUCAACGCGUUUCACCACCACCACCACCACCAGCACGCUCCGCCAGGAUUUGCGUUCGCCGCCGGGGCGGCCGCCAGCGCUUUGCCACCUCCGCCGCCUCCCGGGAUGGAUUCUUUCGAAAUGCAAGGAAUCCAAGCGUCCGGGGAUUACUCGGGCCAGUUUGGUGGUGGCUACUAUCCACCAGUGGCGGCGCCGCCGCCGCCAGUGUUCCCUCCCUGGGCUUCCAGCGCCAUGGUGUCGAGUAAUGGCAAUGCGAGUGGUGGCAAUAGCAAGAAUAACCAGGUCGAGUCGGAAUAUGAGAGGUUUAUCUGUGAGAUGAAAAUGCAGCUGGAUCGAAGGAGAGUUACCAUUAAAGGAAAAUGCGGGAUUAGGGUUUGGAAGGUUAGGCUAUGGCGAGGGCGCUGUGACGAUGACUGCCCGGCUGCCCUGUGGAGCGCCUCGAUGGACGGCAUUGUAGCGAUUCAGCAGCAGCAGCAGCAGCAUCAGCAGCCAUCGGCGGCGGUAGCGGCGGCGGCGGCGGCGCGGCGGAAGGAGUGGCGCGUCGUGUCCGAGGGCGGAGGAGGAGCGCAACAGCAGCACCAAAAGAAGCUUUUCGAGGCUGCCGCUGUCGCUGCUCCCGCCGCUGCGAGGAUGAGCCAUACACAGGUCCGGCAGCAGCAGCGCUACCCCGGCCCCUCCUCUUCCCGCCCGAGAAAUGGGAGGGUCUACCCCCCUGACGCGGAGAAUGUGAAUUCCGACAAGCUCGCAGCUAAGAACGAGGAGCAUGGCGAUCAAGCUCUGGAGGCCGCGGAUGCCCACAUUGACGAUCUCCAGCACCGGUUGAGCGAGAUCUCCAGGCAGCGGGAGCAUCUCCAGCAGGUGGAGCUGGAUCUCCAAGUCAGGUUCUUUGCGCGGAACGAGAUUUUGAGACUGCAAGCCAGUUUCGACGAGCAAGCCAAGCAGCACAAUGAGAUCGUCAGUGGCCUCCAGGAACAACUACAUCAAAGAGAGGAGCAAAUGCAAGAGAUGCAACAACACUCGGAGGAAAGAGAACGGCAGCUUCAAAUGGAAGCCAACGAUGUAAGGAACCAGGUCUGGGCGAAGGAAGCACUUAUCAGGGACCAAACAAGUGAAUUGGCUACAUUGAGGCGUGAACGUGACAAUGCGUUGGCUGAGAACAAGUCUAAUACUGCCCAACUGGAUGCUGAAAGGGCCGACCAUCAUGCUGAAGUGGAAAGUUUGAAAGAGCAGAUUCGCGACAAAGAACGCCGUCUUCAGGAGCUAGAGGAACAGGAUAUCUUGUUUCCGAAUGAUAAACAGCUAAGGGACGCGCAGCUUUGGAUGGCUCGUUCGCAGGAGCUGGAAGCAUAUCACAUGAACGCAAUCCAUGCUGAGCUUCGGGAGCGGACAGAGCAAAUGACGCAGUUGUGGGUUAGCUGCCAACGUCAGGUAUCAGACGUUGAGCGCUACUAUCAACAAGUGAUCCAAAAGCUGCAGCAGGACUUAGAAACGAAUCAUUUUGUAAGGAACAAAGAGAUGACAAUCGAUGGCAGUGGAAUGCGAGGCUCAAAGGCUAUUGAGCAAGGGAUGGCUUUUCACCAUAAGUUGCCCGUAAUACACAUGGAGGGUGCAUUUCCUAUGAUGAUCCCACCUGAUGGACUACCGCCGGUUGAGCACGCAACAGGUCUGCCUGUCCUUACAGCUCCAGUUUUAGGAAUGACAUCUGUUGUACCUCCGUCUCCUAGUAUUCCUCAAUAUGGUGCGGUUCAGCCAGUGUCGACCAUGCCGUUUCCUCAGCCUGUGCCUGUGCUGAUCUCGCAACGACCACCGAUGAAGCAUCAGCAGCCAGGAGCAAUAUACCAUCCCUCCCAGAUUGUCCAGCGGCAACAACGUCCGAUCGAACAGAAGCAUGCACAAAGCUCUUCAGAAGAGUCCAAUCCACAGCUGAAGGUGAAUGAGGUGGAGCAGCCAAGCAUGGAGCAAGAAAGGAGUCAAAUGGAGAAAAUGUUCUCCGGGUUAUCCUCUCAGAGGCAUCCUUACAUGGAUCGGGAAGAAGUGACCGUCGAGAUGGCACCACCAAAGCAACAGGGCAUUCACUGUGCAAGCUUCAAUUCUGUCAUUGAACGAAGCAAAAGUUCACCACACGUGAACAGCAAGACAGAACAAUCGGCAGCACAGCCCCUCGAAAACGGACACCAAGUGGCGGUAAAGACACGCGACUUGGAACAAAGCCAUGAAGAUGGUCCUCUCCGCGAAGAAGCUUCUGUUUCUGUUUCAUCCGGGAGUACAUCGGAGGCAAACGGCAGCAUUUCCGAUUUACAUCUGAUGGACAGAGACUCUCUGCUGGCUUGCUUGGUCAGAGUCAUACCGGCCGAACCGAGCGCUAAAAUCCGAAUCAGCACGACUUUACCAAAUCGUCUGGCAAAAGUGCUCGCUCCGCUGCACUGGCAUGACUAUCGCAAACACUACGGACGCCUCGGCGAGUUUGUGGAGGCUCAUUCUCAGCUGUUUGUCGUGGAAGGGGACUACGUUUUCCUUCGAGAAGGCGCUCACGCCAUCGUCUCGGCCACCACCGCGGUCGCCAAAGCCGCAGCAGCCGUGCCUUCGUCCAGAACAGUCCAAGCUCCAACAGUGGCUUUGACACCGGUAGCACAAGCUCAGUCGCAGCGUUCCAGAAGCUCUAAAGCUCUCAACGCGGACUCGACUUCGUCGUCGUCGUCGACGACGACGAGUUCUCCCCAAGAGAAACGGCGAGAGACCAGCCCAGCUCUCGCGUCCAAGGCCAACGGGAACUACGCGAGUGCCAAGAGCGUAAACUCGACAGUGGACGAGAAACGCUCUGGAUCGUUCAAGGAGAAUGGUGGGCACAGCUCAAACGGCUAUGGAAACGGUGUUCUUGACGGCUACGUGAACUACAACGCUGCUACCACUGCGUUCUUCAAGAACAGAGAUGGAGAAAUUGGUGCUCGUCCUCAAACCCAGGAAGGUCGGAUUCUAGAGACGGUGUAGUUAACCGAAAUUCUUACACGCGUUUUUUUUUUUUUUUUCCUUUGUUAUUUUGUGUGUUUUUUCUCUUUUUUGAAAGCUCGAAUAUUCGUGGGGAA